AUGAACUUCCCUCGUGGCCUUCGUGGCCUGGCUCUUUGGUCUCUCCUUGCGCUCGGCUUGGCUGCAGGCGAUGAAGAGAAGGAGCUGGAAGAAUGCGAAGUGGGACUUCUGCAAUCGCACCGUGCGAGGACCGAGACCGACCCUCCGAAGGAACUGACGCCACAUCCCUUCUAUGCAGCGGUCCGGCGCGCUUGCAUGGAAGAGACGUGCAUCAUGUUCGAACGCCACAGGAACUUUUACGAAAUCAUGGCCACUUUGGAGGCGCACCGGGACACCCUGAGCAAGAGCUGCCGGCAGACAGCCUUCGGCGGUACGUUGCAGCAGCCAAACAGCCUGAUCUUCACCAAAGUCGACAGCGCCACAGCCAAUCUCGGUCCAGAACUAGGAAUGUCCACGGACUUCGUCGUCACGAAAUCCAUCGGCUAUGUGGGCGCUCCCCUCAUGUACUCCACUCCAGGUCACACUGCCAUUUACAGGACGUGGUUCCUCAUCUACGAGGCAAAGACACAGCCAGCCCCCAAAGGAAUGCUCUUUGUUCAUAACGGCGGCCCGGAAGCUGGUAUCCUAGGCGGUAUGUUUUCUGGCUUGAAGGAUUUCAAGGACUAUUUGGACCAGAUCCAAGAUUAUGACUUGAUCUUCGUGGACCAGAGGGGCAUGGGUUUGUCCUAUGCUGGGCUGCUGAGUGGCUUCGACACUCCCACAUCAUGGAAGGAGUUGAAGGAGGAGUGGAAAGAUGUUCCCGCGGAGGUCGUCGUGGCAUCUGAAGGACCCCUCGCAUCGAACACCCAGUUCCUCGACUCCAAGGGGGUCGAGCAUCAGGCGCCCUGCGCGUUCUUGAAAGACGGGACCAACACCUGGAAAUUUCCGGCAGACUGGGGCAACCAUGACGAGGUGCUCAAGUACUUGCAGCGCAAAGCCGAGAUGAUUACCGCAUGCUCAAAGAUGUUCGACCGUCCAGAUGGACAUGACACAUACAACUUGCUGCAGUACAUGGGCACGCAAGCGCUGGUCCAUGACAUCGAAUGGCUUCGCUGGGCUUUCGGUGGCUACCCCAUCACGGUCCUUGGCUACAGCUACGGCACCCGUGUUGCGGCUGCGUAUGCAUCCCAAUUCCCCGGGGCCAUUCAGCGCGUUGCUGUGUCGGGCGUCGAAGCCCCCAACCCAGAUCUGCUUGAGUUUGCCAAGGAGGCCGGGCUCAACACGGCCGAGAUCCUGGGAUUUGUCCAAAGCCAAUGCGCGGAGAGCGCAUCAUGCCGAAAGAACCCCUUCAAGGAGGAUGAGGCGAACGAGCCAGGGUUUUACUUUGACGGGGACAUCGAUGCGGCGGUCGAGGCCCUUUUCCGCCGCUCCUCGCACGGUGGUAUCUGGUAUCCGAAGAAGUGUCAUGGAAAUUAUGUUUCAAUGAACUUCCUUUCAUCCCUCCUGCGUGACUUCCUGGUUUCAGAGAACUCAGACAGAGUUAACAAGCUCGUUGACUGGUUUCAGGAUUCCAGGAACAAGCGGGUGCCGCCAUUCCAGGACGCUACGUGGCCAAUCGGCUUCCAGAUGCUGCCAGCUACAAUAUAUAUCAUGGUGCAAAACCCUUGUGCCACGGCAAAAUCUGCAAUGAAGAGCACAGAUGACUCGCCAUUUGAACAGCUUAGCAUCUUCAGUCUCAUCCCAGCACUUGACAUGACAGGGCGGUGGCAGGUGAACCAAGUGGCAAAGUUCAUCGCAUCACACGCGGCAGACAGGACCCUAAUGCCGGCUUCGGAUCUGUUUAUCAUGAAUGCCGAAGCAGCCUACGGAUGGCCGCAGCUGCCGACGCCUAUUGGCUUCUCGAACCCAACAGUGGAUGCGGUGGCAGUCAACACCUUGUAUGAUGAGCGCACUGGCAUGAACAUGGCGCAGAAAUUCCAGGAAAACUUCCCGAACACCAGCCUCGUGACUUCGCUUGGAGGUGGUCAUUGUGUGACUUCUGAGCACGGUCUGGAAGGCUUUCAGACAUUGAUGCAGUUCCUUUUCUUCGGCUGGAAGCCUUCCAGUGGAGACAUGGUUGAUCGCUUCGUGAAGAUAGACUUCGCGGACGGUGCCAAGUUGAUGGGGGAAUACUAUAAGGAGGUUAAGAAUCUCGAAUAA